AUGGCUGCUAUGAGGACUUUAACCGUGGCAGGUCUCUUUUUGGCAUUUUGCGCGUUGGGACUGAUAGCAGUGGCGAUCAGCACGGACAACUGGUACGAGACUGAUGCGAGGAGGCACCGGGAGCGCUGCAAGAAUUACUCAAACAAAAGAAACGACCCCGGCUACAUUUACAUCUCCAACAACAAUCUUCCACUUCGCAUGUUGCCAAAAGAGAGAAAUGUGGAGUGGAGGAGCGGCGAGACGCUGCUGCGGGCUAAGCGGCACUUCUUGCCUCCUGCCCCGGCCAUGGAGUCCCUCUGCAGUCGGCAGUUCAACUCCACCAUCACCGGGCUGUGGAGAAAGUGCCACCGAGGGGGAUUUGACUUGGAGAUAGAGGAUUUUAUCUUUAAAGGAUUGGUUCCACGCUGCACACGAAUAAAAUACUACUACUCAUCUUCAACGCUGCCCAAAAACCUGCCAAUCAAUCUGACUAAGACAAUAAGGCAGGAUGAGUGGCACGCGCUCCAUCUCCAGAGGAUGACUGCCAGUUUCAUAGGCAUGGCCAUAUCCAUCAUCCUGUUCGGCUGGGUCAUAGGCGUGCUGGGCUGCUGCAAGGAGCAUGAUCUGAUGCAGUAUGUGGCCGGACUCCUCUUCCUCAUGGGAGGGACAUGCUGCAUUAUCUCCCUUUGCACAUGUGUGGCUGGCAUCAACUUUGAACUGUCCCGCUAUCCUCGCUACAUGUUUGGAAUACCAGAGGACAUCAGUCACGGUUAUGGCUGGUCCAUGUUUUGUGCCUGGGGCGGACUGGGCCUGACGCUGCUGGCUGGCUUCCUGUGCACGCUCGCUCCUUCCCUCUACCCUCCACACACCCAAGUGGUGCACAAGCCCAGGCCAGAGAACGGAUGUGUGUGACAGGCCGACGCACAUCUAACAGACACCUGUCUCAUCCUGAAGCCGUGACGAGCCCUGCUCCACAGACAGUUACACACAGGGACUCAGAGCAGGAAAGCCUUCGCACAGCUUGGCACAGAGAAAGCACAGGACUCUCGCUCACAUGAAAAUAAAAAGAGGAGACAUUUGGCUGAAGACGAUUUCAGUUCCUCUGGUGCUUUCCCCCUGUCCUCUCUUUACGAAUGAACUGUUCAGUGUUAAUUGCUUGCUCUUCAAGAGGAUAAUAGUUAUACAAAAUGUCCUCCUGUAAAGUCUGCCAGUGGGAGAAGAAAAAAAGAGAAAAAUAAACACUGGCAGACAAUCAAUAGCACAACUUUGAAAUCUGUAUCAAAAUAUGGAUGUGUAACGUCACAUUUGAAAGGGCAACUGUGUAUCAUUAUGUACCCAUUUAAAACAAUUAUACAUGUACUUUUUGAAUUGUAUGCAGAUGCAUUUGUGUUUAUUCAAGGAAAAUAUGAACAUUAAGACCAAACUGUGUUUGAGGAAAAUGUGUUGUUGUUCUUGAGGUCUUACUCCCAUCAAAAUAUUUUUGAAAAAUAAAACAGCCUUGCAAAACAA